CCCACACCCAUGCACAUAUCAUCCUCACCAUCAUCAUCCCAUCAUCCUCACUAGCAGCACACAUUUCUAAACCCAAAACCACCCGAACGCUCCUCCAUGGAGGACCACGGCGCCGGCUGCCACCCCUUGCUCCACGGCCACCUCCAGCCGGCCCACGCCGCGCUCGCCUACGGCCCGUGGGACCCGUCCCUCGCCGCGUUCGACGACGGCAACCACCACCAGCAGCAGCUGGAGUGCUUCUCGACGGCGUCGGAGCUGCGGGACGCGCUGCUGCGCGCGCUGGCCGAGCUGGAGGCGGCGCGGGGCGCGCACCGGGAGGAGCUGCGGCGCGUGGAGCACGAGGCGGCGCGGCUCGUGGCGUGCGCGGCGGCCGAGCGCGACGAGCUCCGGCGCCACUGCCACUCCCUCCUGCUCCUGCUCCACCACCACACCGCCGCCCAGCCACCGCCGCCGCAGAGCGUGCCCGACCCGCCGCUCCACGGCGUCCUGGGGCUGGGAGGAGGAGUCGUGGCCAUGGACGAGGCCGCCACGUCGGAGGAGGAGGCCGAGGUGGAGAUGGCGCUGGCGCGGCGGCUGCCGGAGAAGGGGCGGCUGGUGGAGGCGGUGGUGUCGGCGGGCCCGCUCCUGCAGACCCUGCUCCUGGCCGGCCCGCUCCCGCGCUGGCGCCACCCGCCCCCGCCGGCCUCGGCCGACGUCAUACCGCCCUUCAACCCCGGCCGCCCCGACGGCAACUACUCCCUAUCCUCCACGUCCGCGUCGUCCUCGCCGGAGAGCAACUGCAGCGGCGGGAACGCCCCGCCGCCGGCAGCUCAGCCGCAGCAGCACGAGCUCCCCUGCUUCCACAUGAGCUCCUCCUCCUUCUGCAUGUAGCGGCGGCACGUGUCAUGCAGACCACUGAUGAGUUUCUCUGUCACUGCCGCUCGUACUACUCCUACUACCACGGUGUGGGAUUAGUAUAGCUACUUAGCUAGUAUAUAUAAUUAUUAUAUAGGGUGAUUAAUUAGUAAUUAGCUGGUGCUUGUGUGUGGUGUAGUAUCAAAUAAUUGGUGUUGCCUGGUUAAUCUGUGUGUAAUAAUUGUUGAAAGUGGGCAAAGAUGACAUCACUUUGUCAGUGAGAGGAAUGCAUAUAUGUGUGUGGAUUUGUGUGGUA